UCCUCGGGUCGCGCAGUUCUGACGCAACCAUCAUCACCACCACCACCGUAGUCGCCUCCGCUUCUUCUUCUUCUACUACUACUGCUGCUGCUCUCUCGACUACUCACAGCUUGCUGCCUGUGGGGGAGGUGAUCCACGUUCUUCUUUACAAGCGUCGAGAGACAAAUCCCCGAAGAUGGUGUCGUGGCUCAUCUCGAGGCUGGUCGUGCUGAUGUUCGGCAUAUUGUACCCAGCGUAUUCAUCCUACAAAGCUGUGAGGACGAAAAAUGUCCGGGAAUACGUGAGAUGGAUGAUGUACUGGAUUGUAUUUGCACUCUUUACAACGUUCGAGACCUUCACGGAUCUGCUGUUGUCAUGGAUCCCUUUUUACUACGAACUGAAGAUAGCCCUUGUGGUUUGGCUCCUCUCUCCGUACACCAAAGGCUCCAGCGUUCUCUACAGGAAAUUUGUGCACCCUAUGCUUUCAUCUCGAGAACAGGAGAUUGACGAGUACAUCGUGCAGGCAAAGGAGAAGAGUUACGAGACCAUGGUGCGUUUCGGCAGACGUGGGCUCAACCUGGCAGCAAAUGCAGCCGUGACGGCAGCCGCCAAGGGCCAGGGAGCCUUAAGCCAGAGGCUCAGGAGCUUCAGUAUGCAGGACCUGUCCUCCAUUCCGGAUGAGGAGCCCAUGCACGGUGACAUGGGUGAACACUCGCGUGCAGCGCGUGACACCAAGUUCCGCAACACCACGCGUUCUUUCGACCUUUCGGACUCCCAUGAGCGAUUGCAGGAUGAUCCAACCAUGCGAGGUCACGUGUCAGAUGGAGAGAGAUCUGAUGGAUUUGAUGAUGACGAUGAGGUCGAGGAAGGGUCACCAAAGCCAGCCGUGAGACGAGCUCAGAGUCUCCGUGCGCGUAAAGCUAUCAGGCCACAGCCACGUUCAGAUGCUGUCAGGAAAAGCCCCAAGCUUAGAGUAAAGAAGAGUCUUCCAAGUAAUUAUUACGGCACUAUGUAGCGUGUUUGUGUCUUACUUCGGAGCUUGAGAUGGUUCCACCAAGAAGAUUUAUAUUGAAAUAUUAAAACAUUUCUACAAUGGAGUCUUCAUGCACCAUGCACCAAUACCUGCUGCCCAAAAUUUGAGUAAUUUCUUCUGUAAUUACUUGCUCAUCUGAAGAACUAUGCCAUUUUUACAGAUUUAGUUGGACAUAAACAA